AUGAGCCGCAAGCGCGUGCGAUCUUCAGAGGCGGGACAGUACUGGCUGAUGAAGUCCGAUUUUCACACGUUUUCGAUUGAUGAUUUGAAAAAAAGCGGGUGCUCCCCGUGGGAUGGCGUGCGCAACUACGCGGCGCGGAACAACAUGCGGGCAAUGAAAGUUGGAGACCGUAUCUUGUUUUACCAUAGCUGUGCGAAGCCAGCAGGAGUGGCGGGCCUCGCUGUAGUUGUGAGAACGGCGUAUCCCGAUCAUACAGCAUUGGAUCCAGCGUCACCAUACUACGAUGUCAGAGCGACAAAAGAAAAAAACCCGUGGGAAAUGGUUGACGUUCAGUUUGAAGAAAAGUUUCCUUCAUUGGUGACGCUGGAACGGCUAAAAGCGGAAAAAGAACUGCGUGACAUGAAACUUUUUUCAAUGGCAAGGCUAAGCGUGCAGCCUGUAACGAGAAGUGAGUAUGAAUGCGUCGUGUGGCUUGGGCGUGGGGGCAAAGGGGGAUGUCGGUGA